AUGCCCGGGUCCCUUGGCCAUGAGAAACCCGCACCGGCCCCUUCGACCACCGCAUCAUCUGUGAAGACUGGUAUGCUGUGUCUGGACACCCACAAGCUCAAGGCCCGCUGCUCCUCGGUAUGCACCGCGGUUCGCCGAUUCAGCGCACCGUUUCUGGCGAAACGGCCUCUGGCGCGGCUGCUCUCGACGUUCCUCUGCUGUCUCGCGAUUGUCGUCCGGCCGGUCGCACGCCUCGGGGGACGCUACGCCUUCCUCGUGCUGCCGUUCCAGGCCCUCAUCUUCGGCGUGCAAGAAAGCCUGGCGCAGCAGCUCGAGCUGAGCGUGCUCAACACGAUGGGCGCGCUCACUGGUAUCGGGUUCUCGACGCUGGGCAAGUACGUCGCGGCGCGUGCGCCGUACGGCUCGGCUCGCUCGAGGGCGACGUGUGCGAUGUUCUUGAUCGUGAUCUCCUUCUUCGCUGGGGUGAUCAAGAGCCGCCUCCCCCGACUGACUCUGUCUAUGCGCAUCUCCCUCUUUGUCUCCAUAUGGCUGCUCUCCAUCAACAUCGGCGUCCGCGACCACGUGCUCAUCGACUCGGGCAACUUCCUCUACGCCGCGGUCACCCCCAUGCUCCUCAGCCUCAUCGCGCUGCUCUUCGUCAUGUGCUUCGUCCGCUGGUCGUCGUCCAGCUUCGAGAGGGAGAUGGCCGCCACAUUCGCGGUGCUGCAGCGCUGCCUCACGCUCAGCAUGGACACGAUGGCGCACCGAGGCAAGCUGUCCGACGAGGACGCGGCGGAGUAUAAUAGCCUGCGCGCCCAGCUGUUCCAGCGCUCCAUCAUGCUCAACGAGACGUAUUCGCAGGCUGCAUUCGAGCUCAGGAUCGGGAGACUCAGCUUGGUCUGGCUACCGCUUUUGGCGAUUGCCGUGGCUAUGGCUAGUACUCCCAUCGUCCUCUUGGUACUCUCAUUAAAGUCCAUCCGCCCUUUAAUCGGGAUCGUCGAGCACCUCCGGCGCGAGCUCGCGUGGGGCAUGUCCGCCCUCCAGCCGAAGCCCCAAUCGCCGCCUCCCACCCCGCGCAUGCUCAGCCGCGCAUCUUCCCCGCGCGCAUCCGUCCGCCACCCCGGCUCUCCCCACUCACGCCCCGCACCCCCGCUCUCGCUCCUGCUCCCUGCGCACUCGCGCUUCACGAUUGCGAUCCAGCCCCCUGCGCUCGCGCUCGGGCACGCGAUCGUCGCCGCGCUGCAGGCCGUCGAGCGCCUCAUCCUCGUGACGUUCGACCAGGACCGGGGGCAGCGCGGAGAGGCGCGCGCCGCACCGCGCAAGCCGAGCGCGGUCAAGGGCGCGCUAGUCGUCCGCACCAUGCAAAAGUUGCUCGAUGCAAUGACAGGCCUCCGUAAGAUCAGGGAGAACAUACCCCGGAGAGAAACGGUCUCGAGUGUCUUCAACGAGCGACGGGAAUUCAUGUCGUGCGUGUGCAUCACGCUUUAUGCGUGCCAACACGCGUUCCGCGCGCGCGAGCCGCUCCCGCAGUUCCUCCCCUCACCACGGCACGCAUUAGAGAACCUCGAGGCACACGUGCAGGACAGCAUCCACACCGCGCGAGAGGAGGACACGCACGCGAUGGGCUUGUCUCUCGUGUACGCGUUCGCAGAGCAGGAGGUCAUGAAGAACAUGGUCGACACGCUCGAGGAGCUCCUUGAGCUGAGCGGCCGCCUGUUCGGCACGACAGCGUGGCUGACACACGAACAGCGCAUGUCGAUGACCAGCCUGCACGAAGACACCGGUGAUCGCGGAUGGUACAGCACGUUUAAGUGGGAGGAGGCCUAG